CUCUCUCUCUCUCUUUUUUUUUUUUUGUCUCUCUGUCGGGGCAUGGAAGAAGAGCUUGCCAUGCUCAGACAGCUCAUCGGCCAGCUUCAAGAGCUCUUGCACAACGGCUCUCCUCCUCCUUCGCCUCCCUCUUCUUCUUCUCCCUCAUUUUUAGUUCUCCACAACCCUCAGUAUCAGAAUCGAUGGUCUUUACCCUUUAUUGAGGAAACUUCUGCUGAUGAUUGUUGUGAUAUCGUAAUGGCUGCUGGAAAGAGGCCUGGGAUCUUCAAGAUGUUAGAGACCGUCAAGAAACCUGUCAAGCGAUCUCGCAAAGAACGGAAUCAAGGAAAGUCAUGCACGGAAGGAGACGAGAUCAACGGAAACAUGGAUCAAGAAAUCUGGCAAGAGUUUCCGCAAGAUCUCUUCGAGGCCGUUGUUUCCAGGCUACCGAUCGCUACGUUUUUCCAGUUCCGCGCGGUUUGCCGUAAAUGGAACGCUCUCGUUGAUUCAGAUAGCUUCUCACGAUGCUGCACCGAGCUUCCUCAAACCAUCCCAUGGUUCUACACCAUAACCCACGAGAAUGUCAACUCGGGGCAAGUGUACAACCCUUCCUCCAAGAAAUGGCACCAUCCCAUCAUCCCUGCGCUACCAAAGAAGAGUAUCGUUCUGCCAAUGGCUUCCGCGGGAGGUCUAGUGUGCUUCCUCGACAUCGGUCAUCGGAACUUCUACGUGAGCAACCCGCUGACCAAGUCUUUCAGAGAGUUGCCCGCUAGGUCGUUUAAAGUCUGGUCACGUGUCGCGGUGGGGAUGACUCUGAAUGGGAACUCGACCAGUGAUGGGUAUAAGGUCCUGUGGGUUGGAUGUGAAGGAGAGUACGAAGUGUAUGAUUCCCUGAGAAACGUGUGGACCAAAAGAGGGACCAUCCCUUCCAACAUAAAGCUCCCUGUAUUGCUCAACUUUAAGUCGCAGCCAGUGGCUAUCCACAGCACGCUUUACUUCAUGUUAACAGACCCUGAAGGGAUCCUGUCGUACGACAUGGUCACCGGGAAGUGGAAGCAGUACACCAUACCGGGCCCGCCGCACCUGAGCGACCACACGCUAGCUGAGUGCGGAGAGCGGUUGAUGCUGGUGGGUCUUCUGAGCAAGAACGCUGCCACGUGCGUUUGCAUAUGGGAGCUGCAGAAGAUGACACUGCUGUGGAAGGAGGUUGACAGAAUGCCAAACAUAUGGUGCUUGGAGUUUUACGGAAAGCACGUUAGGAUGAAUUGUCUGGGCAACAAAGGUUGUCUGAUAUUGUUGUCCUUGAGGUCCAGACAGAUGAACCGUCUGAUAACCUACAAUGCUGUUACUGGGGAGUGGGCCAAGGUCCCUGGCUGUACCGUUCCUCGCGGGAGGAAGAGACUUUGGAUCGCUUGCGGAACUGCGUUCCAUCCUUCCCCUACAGCUAGGGCUUGA